GUACAGAGUUCCAGAGUUGGGCGCUACGUGCCACAUGGUUAGUACCGCGUGGAUAGUAGUGGUGCGCGAGCUACGCAGCCUUGGGUCCCGUCAGCAACACAGGAAUAUUGCGCGCCAAGCCCCAGACUACACAACACGGACCGACUGAACUGGGAGAAACAAGAGGAGAAAGAAUAGAGGAAGAAUAAGAACAGUACUGUGCUCGACGAGUCUUCUCCGUGAAGCUCUCCUUUCUGCCGGCGGCACCCCCCUGCUGUUGAGGCUGUGGUAUGAGCUUAUGUGGCAGGAAGGCGCUGACUUUGCUGAGCAGCGUGUUCGCUGUUUGCGGCCUGGGCCUGCUGGGGAUCGCGGUGAGCACCGACUACUGGCUCUACUUGGAGGAGGGCGUCAUCCUUCCCCUCAACCAGAGCACAGAGAUACGCAUGUCCCUCCACUCUGGCCUCUGGAGGGUUUGCUUCUUGGCUGGGGAGGAGAAAGGCAGAUGUUUUACCAUAGAGUAUGUGAUGCCCACUAACGUCCAGAUGACAUCUGAAUCCACUGUUAGCGUUCUGAAGAUGAUCCGUUCUGCCACGCCCUUCCCUCUGGUCAGCCUCUUCUUCAUGUUCAUUGGUUUUGUACUCAGCAACAUUGGUCACAUCCGACCCCAUCACACCAUCUUGGCCUUUGUUUCUGGAAUCUUCUUCAUCCUGUCAGGUCUCUCUCUGGUAGUUGGUCUGGUGUUGUACAUCUCCAACAUUAAUGAUGAAAUGUUAAACAGAACCAAAACUAAUGAGGCCUACUUCAGCUACAAGUACGGCUGGUCAUUUGCCUUUGCUGCUAUCUCCUUCCUGCUCACUGAGACAGCAGGUGUCAUGUCGGUGUACCUCUUCAUGAAGCGCUACACAGCAGAGGAAAUGUACCGGCCCCAUCAGGGCUUCUACCGGCCUCGCCUCAGCAACUGCUCAGAUUACUCCGGCCAGUUCCUCCAUCCAGACGCCUGGGCCGGGCGUGGUCGCAGUGCCUCCUCCAUCUCCUCUGAGGCCUCCCUCCAGAUGAACUCCUCCCACUACCCUGCUCUCCUCAAGUGUCCAGAGUAUGAACAAAUGUCCUCCUCACCUUGCUGAGGCAUAGGAUGAGUUGUUGUGUUAGCAGUGUAGGGGUUAUUUUGAUCUGCCUGGAUUUUGGCAUAAAAUUGUCCAAUAAUUUGACAUUAUCCAGCUUGAAUCACUCCCGUCUUCAAGUGUCCUGACUAUGACCUGAGUCUUUCUACCCUUACUACUGCAGAUUCUUUUAUUUAUGGUUCUGUGGGGAGCAAAACUUUAGUUGAAGGUUAGCCAGUUCACUUUAUUCUCAGCUGACCUGUUUUGUUGCAGGGAGAAUGGUUAGAAGAGGAGAAAGGAAAGAGUUUGACCAGGUUGUACUUUUAUAUGCUUUUUCUCUAGUUUGUAGUGACAGGUGACGAGCAACCUGCUGAAUGGACCGAGGUAGGGCAAAGUCAUCUGAAAGGAGUAACUUGAGUAGCUUCAACCUGCAGUGAGCAAGUCCACUACAUUGCCUCUGGUACCACAACAAUCCUGAUAGCUUUUGGACAGGAUGACACACUGCAUAUCUGCAGACAUGGAGAGUUCGGAAUAGGGUUUACAACUCAAUUAUGUGCAAUGGCUGCAGAGUCUGCAGGUUCUUAAAACCACUACACUACUACAGAAUGUGCUUUCAACCAGGAAGUGGAAACUAAUCAGUGAAAUCACCUUGGCGUAGAGGAAUAAUAUGGAUCACAAAACAUUUCCUCCAUUUGAUCAUUGCUCAAAUUGUGCAGUCUUUGGGUUUAUAAAGGUUAAAAUAAAAUUGUUAAAGCUCCUUUCUUCUACAAAUUGUACAUGUGUACCAGCUGUGUCAGUCUGCACAAGUAUGUUUCACUCACAUCCUUAGCUAUCCUUCCUUUGUGAGGAAAAUAGCUUUCUGUUGUAUUACACUGUAAGUGUUCUAUUACACAUCACAACUGUUUCCCACAUGUUUAAUGUGAAGUCGCGCGCUAGAACUCAGCUUGAGCUUUUUCAUAUUCAAGUCUCGAACUUAGGAAACAGAUAAUGAAUGUGAAUUUCAACCGCUCAAAUAGAUCAUUUAAAUUGGCAUACCAUUUUAUAUACAAACUGUUUGACAGAUUAGAGGCUGGAGGAGUUGAGUUUAUGACAGAUGGUAUUUGACCUUCCAUAAAAAUCUAUUUCUGUAUGGUAUUUUAAAACUUUACAGAUCACACUGACUUUCAGUUACCAGAAGUACAUGUAGUCCCCCUUUAGGUCCUUUGCAUAAGAGCCAUUAAUUAUUACACCACAGGCCACAGGUGUUUUCUGAAACUGAAAGUGGGAAUGCUUCACUUUUUUGUGUUUUCAUUGAUCCCAUUCAGUUGCACCAAAGGAAAGGUUUGUAUUAUAGGCUGCCAGUCCAGACAUAUGAGAUACAUUCUUUUUAAAGGCUUAAACAUGAAUAUAUUAAUGGUUAUAUGAAAGUUGAGUGUAUUAUUGUAUAUUCUUGUAAAAAAAAAUCUGUAUUUGCUCUCACAACCAAUUGUUAAUAACAAUACAGGACUGCUUUACAUCAAGUGUUUUAAACUAUACAGAUGUAUAUCAACCUUUUAUAUUCUCAGAGAACCUAUGAUUCCUGUGUACAGUGGUUUCCUUAGUUAGUCAAGCAGUUAAAGACAAAAAGAUGUACUAAACUAAUCUUUAAAAAGAAAACAAGCUGUACGGGGACAACACUGUUUGAUUGUAUUUAUCCAGUUAGAGUUAUAAAACAUUUGUUAUACGUUUAAAUGAGAAAUGAAGGCUAAAAGGGAUAAGACAGAGUUUGGGUGGUCAUGGUUUUGAUGGAGAAUGUGAAUGAGUCAGGUGGCACAAAGACUAUUUUGCUAUGGAGCCAUUGUGAAUGUAAGAUGUACCGAAGGAAACACUGCUAAAUGAGAUUUGUUUGCAUAUAGUAAAAUACCUCUCCUCCAAAGAUGUAUUUAACGAAAACUAUAGAUACAUAUUUUUCUAAUUUACCCCGUCAUAAUGAUAGAAUAUUCUUAGAUGUUUGAAAUACAAAUAUACUGCCGUCCUUAGUGUGCCAAGGAAAUAGUUGUAUCCAGGUUAAGUGACUUAAGUAUUGAAUAUAUACAUUUCAUGCAGCAAGUGUGAGUAAACAUAUUACAGAGAAACAUUUUGUCUUGUGCAAUAAUUUUAUGUUAGUUUGAUACAUUACUAAAAUUUGAAUUUUUGUCUGUAUUUAAUGUUGCAUGGUGUGAACUCCACAUACUGCAGUAUUCGCCUGCAGUAUAUGUAAACAAAACAAACAUACAUAAAACUAAUACACACAAACUGUGCCAGGCAAAGCUAAAUUCACUCUCACAAGCACUGCUUUGGUAAAUAGACCAGUAACAUUUUGUUUUGUCAAACACUGUAAAUACAAAAUCAUCACUGUGUAUAUAGAUACAUUUUUUUAUAGACUGCAGUGUCUUUUUUGUGUUGUAGAUUCAUCUGCAGUGUAUGUGAUAACUGCUUUGCCGCACACAUCACAUUAAGAAUGUGAGCUUUUGCAUAAUGUUAUACUUACAUAAAUGUAAAGUAUUAAGAUGGUGUCAUUGUCAGACAUGAAAUGUCAACAUCUGUGUAUUUUUUACAAAGUAAUUUUCAUGAUGUUAAAUGUGCAAUGGAAUAAGUAUACUCAAUUAAAUAAAGUUUAAUGGGAUUUGAU